AUGAGAAGACUGGUUGCUCAUACGGCGACGGAUGAUGACGGGGUUGUGCCGGCGAGGAGGUCGACGAUGAUCGGAGAUGCUAAUGUGACCAGAGAGAUCGCCGUCACACUGGAAUGCUCUCUAUCUGUAACUGAUGGAGAAUUAACCAUGUCAGAUGAUGAGAUUAAGCAGUUGUGCUUAAUGGAUAUAGACAAGAUCUUACAUUCCUAUGAUAAAACCUUGAAAGACUAUCCUUCUAUGCCUUUAGCAACUGAAGUUGAUAGUUCUUUGUUAAUCGAAAGGGUUAUCAGGGAAGAGCUAAACUUUAACAGGGAUGAUUUAAAGAAAAGUGCCUCAGACAUGUUAGCCAUCGCAACACCUGAGCAGAAAUAUGCAUUUGAUAAAAUUGUUACAGCUAUGUAUUGUGAUGAAGGGAACCUUUUGUCUGCUGAGAUUCGCUCAAGGGGUGAUAUUGUGUUAAACAUUACUUCAAGUGGUAUUGCAUCUUUACUUCUUCCCAAUGGAAGAACGACACACUCAAGGUUCAAAAUACCGCUGAAUAUAACUAAGGAUUCUGUAUGUAACAUCAAACCUGGUUUCCCUCAAACAAUGCUGCUGUUGAAAGCCAAACUUAUAAUUUGGGAUGAGGCUCUAAUGGUGCUCAAACUAACAAAAAACAUGAGACUCUUUGUAGGGACGACUGCUUCAGAUCAAGAUGAGACAAAGCAAUUUGGUGAGUGGUUAUUGAAAGUUGGUGAUGGUCUAAUAGGGAAUAUGGAGAGCCAGUUAGAUCUCUAUGGUCCCGAAUUACUGAAUAGCAUAAAUUGCUCUGGUUUGCCUCCACAUAAAUUAAUACUCAAGGUUGGUGUUCCGGUGAUGUUACUGAGGAAUAUUGACCAAUCCAGUGGUCUUUGUAAUGGUACAAGACUACAAAUUAGGAAGCUUAAAAAUCAUGUCAUAGAAUGUGAAGUCUUAACGAGUAACAAUGUUGGUCAUAUUGCUUUGAUUCCAAGAAUGAAGAUGGUACCAACAAAUGAAACCGUCCCAGUUAGAUUCCAAUGA